AUGGGCCUCAUUAAGCAUACCGUCCUGUUGACGCUCGCCUUUGUCUAUGGCGUCUUCACAAUAAUCAUUUACGCCUGUAUUUCCAUCAAAAACGGGACUUUCUUCACUAGCAGGACUGAAAAGGAGAACCUCGAGCUCCAAAUUGCUCGCGAUCGCCUGUGGGACCUCUCAAAGGAUUUCGCCGGUCUCUCCCACCACAUCAUUACUCUGGCUAGUGGUUUCAAAUUCCACUUCCUCAGCAAUGAAGCACCUGGCUCACCCGCUGCCCUGAAAUCCGACAAGCCGCUAGUUAUCUUCGUUCAUGGAUUCCCUGACAGCUGGGCCAUCUGGCGCCACAUUGUCAGCUCGCCUUCUCUCCAAGAAUCCGCGAACUUGGUCGCGAUUGACCUGCCUGGUUACGGAGGUAGCGAGGGGUUAGAAAAAUACUCCGCUACCAGAGUGCUGGAGAAGAUGACAGAGCUUAUUGUUACCCUGCGACUCCAAUACGGCGUGGACGAUGAAUCCACGAUAAGAAAGAAGAAGACCAUUAUCGUUGCCCAUGAUUGGGGCUGCGUCAUCUCUAUGCGCCUUGCGGCCGAAGCUCCAUCGCUUGCGGAUCGGUUCAUUUUGUCCAACGGGCCAUUGGCCGACCUGGUCAAGUCUAACGUUAUGCGCACCAUCGACUCGGCGCGCAAGAUUCACAAAGAUGCACGCAAUGCUCCGAGCUCAUCACGUCCACCGCUGCUCCAGGCUGUGCGAACUCUGAAGCCUCUGUUCCGCCAACUCGCACGUUCAGGCUACAUCUUCGCGAUGCAGUUGCCGGUUCCUCUGGUUGAAUUCUUCCUAAUCGGGGGUAAUCAAUCACUCAUGAGAGCCGUUCAUAAGGGUUCUCACGGAAAGGCCGAAUUCACUCCCCGCGACGCGGCCGAGUCCAUGGCCAGCAGUAUGGGUCCUUCUCUACCCGAGUCGAAGACGCAGACUUCCAACGGAGAAUCAUAUCCGAGCACAGUCAAGUACUCACGCGAGUUCGCAAACGUGAUGAAUAUGGCCGGCUAUUAUCGCGAUGGCGCGGCGCUUUCCCGCUGGCACAAGUCCCUCGAGACUGUCGCUGCGCUCCACCACCUCGCAGGGGGUAACGAUGUCCAACGGACUAGUAGCGGCGCAGGCCUGUUCGACGAAGGAGCUCCGGGUGUGCUGAAAGCAAGCUCAACCGUAUUCUGGGGCAAGCUGGACAUUGCGCUGGACCCGACGAUCUGUCUAGAUGGCAUGGCCGACUACCUCGUCGGCGACAGUCAGAUCGUGAUGCUCCCACGAUCGGGCCAUUUCACUCCAAUCGAGGUGGAGAGCCGCGCGGCGUUGGAGACAGCCGUGCAGUGGGCCGUGCAGGGUGAGAAGGAGGAUAUUGGCGUUGCUGUGCAGCGCACGUAUGAAGAUGCAAAGGUUAUUGCACGUAGAUGA